AGACAACUCAACCGACACACACACACACACAACAACAUAGAGUAGGAGAACAAAAAUCCUUAAUUGUCACUAAUUAAUUUCUAGAGGGGUAGUGAUUGUAAGGUCACCCUCGUAUCUCAUAUAUUCAAGUUUUUGUUUUCAUACAUCAAACACUUCUUUAAAUCAAACCCUCUCUCUCAAACCCUCUCAGGAUUCAGAAUCAAAUACUACUAGUCAAGGAGAGAGAUCCAAAACAGAGCUCCACUCUCUCUUUCUCUCUUCAAAAAUGAAGAACAACAAUACUAACACAAAGCUUAUUCUCCUCCACCCCUAUAUUCAAAAACAAGGAGGCUCCAACCGCUUAUGGCUCCUCGCCUUUGUUUCAUUCUUCACAGUCGCUUUCCUCUUAACCCUUAUCUACACAAGGGAAUAUUCCACACCUACCGCCUCCACUUCCACCACCGCUGCUGCCGCCACUUUCGGCGGUGCCCCAUUGCCAACAACUGUAAUCAACACCCUCCUCCACUACGCUUCAACAUCCAAUAACUCAUUCCACAUGGCCUACGCAGAGCUCAAGCAAAUCUCUGACGUGCUUCGAAAAUGCUCGUCCCCGUGCAAUUUCCUCGUAUUCGGUCUCACCCAAGAGACCCUUUUAUGGAAAGCGCUCAACCACAAUGGCCGAACCGUGUUCAUCGACGAGAACCGCUACUACGCGGCUUACAUGGAAGAGAAACACCCAGAAAUCGAUGCCUACGAUGUGCAGUACACGACUAAAUUGAGCGACCUACAUGAACUCGUAGCUUCAACGAAAAAGCAAAUAAGAAACGAGUGCAGGCCAGUGCAAAACCUAUUGUUUUCUGAGUGCAAGCUUGGCCUUAAUGACCUUCCAAACCAUGUCUACGAAGUGGACUGGGAUGUUAUAUUGGUGGAUGGUCCACGUGGCGAAUGGCCCGACGCGCCGGGCCGGAUGUCUCCGAUAUUCACCUCCGGCGUGUUGGCGAGGAGCAAGAAGGGUGGGAAUGCUAAGACUCAUGUGUUCGUGCAUGAUUUCUAUGGUGAAGUAGAGAGAGUUUGUGGGGAAGAGUUUUUGUGCAAAGAGAAUUUGGUGGAAUCAAGUGACACACUUGGGCAUUAUGUUUUGGAGAGAAUGGAUGCGAAUAGCUUCCAGUUCUGUACUCAAAACAGUACGCUACCAAAAGCUUCAUCUUCCUAGCUAUCUAUAUUUGAUUGAUAUUGUUGUCUUCGUCUUCAUAUAGUUCCAGUGGGUACGUGGGUCAAUGGCAUAAAGAGGUAAAAACAAAUGUGGCUAUUUAUGAUCAUGUUGAAUCUUUCAUACCUUGUUUCUUUGGAUGGGGAAUGUGUAAAAAAUAAUUUUUUUUGGCUUUGCAAAAAAAUGCAACUACAUUGAAUUGAAAAUUUUACUUUUCAA